UUGUCCCGCAUCCUUGCGGUUCCCCCCGCAUCCUCCUGGUUCUCCUGCAUCCUCACGGUUCCCCCUGCUUCCUCGCCGUCCCCUGGCCGUAUUCUCCAUGUCCUGGGGCGGUUCCAGUUCAGGGUCUCGCUGUGGCGUCACCUCUGCCGAGCUCCGGGCUCAGGUCGCUGCCCUCAGCGCCCUGCGCCGCUCCCUUCUCCCUCCCUCGCAGCGUGCCGGGCCCUGGUGGAUGAGCUGGAGUGGGAGAUCGCCCAGGUGGACCCCAAGAAAACCAUCCAGAUGGGCUCGUUCCGCAUCAACCCCGACGGCAGCCAGUCGGUGGGUGAGGUGCCCUACGCCCGCUCCGAGGCGCAUCUGACGGAGCUGCUGGAGCGGGUGUGCGAGAAGAUGAAGGAAUACGGGGAGAAAGUGGAUCCAUCCACGCACCGCAAGACCUACGUGCGCGUCAUCUCCCACGACGGGACCAAGGCGGACCUCUCCGGGGUCAAAAUCGAUGGGGACGUGGCUUCCAGCCUCAAGUUUGCG